UACAUGUAAUGUGUGGACGUUUGAAGUCUGAGCUAAAACAAUUGGACGAAUGAAAUCGGUCUUGACUGGCGACUUCGAUCUGGUCGAGCAGAUGUUGACAGACGAACAGCAUCUUGACGGCAAGGCUUAUACGGUUGCGGGUGAGAUGGUAGACUUCGAAGUUCUUGCUCAGUACCAGUGCGACUUUGUUCUGAUAAUCUAAUAGCUUUGACGAUAAUGUAUGUUUGUUGCCUGUGGAUGAGAUUAUGGUGGUGGAAGUGCUUAUUCUUUCAUCCUUUACUAGCUUUCUCCAGUGUUCUUGUAU